UUGUUCGUCUUCGAUUCAAUAAACCCCGAGGUUGAUGAGCGAACCUCCGAGUACUGUUUUCAGUGUCAUAUACUCAUAUCCUUCCUUAUUUGCAGUACUUUCCCAUACACGACGAGAGUAACGGUAUGUCCUCUUUCCUACGAAGAUCGCUUAGGAUUAGGAGGUCCAAUAUUGUUACUGGCUUCUCCUUCUUUCUAUACAAACAUGUCGGAAACUCGUCUGAGUCGCGUCGCUACUUGUCUCAUUCCCUUCUCCACAAUACUAUUCCUUGUUUCGCUUCUAAUUCGCUUCCAAGUACCAAUUAUUCUUAUGGGUCUCACCAAUUUAUUGUCUCUCCCACACGGGUUCGCUUCUGGGGUUCUCAAGCCGCCGCCACUGAACACUCAACCUCUGAUGGCCUUACUGUUCAAGGAAUUCUAGCCAAUAAUUGGACCAUUCUUGAAGAGAACGAAACCGAUUGGAAGAGUCAUGCCACUGCCGUUGCUCAAUCUAUUCAUUUGAUCAAACGCCGCUUACAGUGGACGAAAUUGAAGGUUAGGUUGGAUAUGUUAUCAGCCCAGCUGAAUAAGCCAGACCUUUGGGAUGAUCCUGUCCAUGCAGGUAAAAUAAGCCGCGAGCAUGGUUCGCUCCUAGGAAAAAUGAAAGAGGUAAAUGCAUUGGAGCAAGAGUUACUAGAGCACAUUGACAUGAUAAAGCUUGCUCGUGAAGAGAAUGACGCAGAAUUGGAAUCGGAAUCAUUGAAAGCGUUGCUUAUUAUGAGAAGAAAGGCAAAAGAGAAAGAGCUAGAGGCAUUGCUUUCUGGGGAGCAAGAUUCUUGUCCUUGCUACAUUGAGGUUCAGGCUGGGGCUGGGGGUACAGAGAGCAUGGACUGGGCUGCAAUGGUCAUGCAGAUGUAUAAGUCAUGGGCCCAGCGGCGUGGAUAUGAAGUAACUGUAAUGGAUGAAAUGCCUGGUGAGAUUGCAGGAAUUAAGCGAGCCACAAUCAAAGUAGAUGGUGAGUUUGCAUUUGGAUAUGCCAAAGCAGAAGUAGGGGUGCACAGGCUGGUGCGUAUAUCACCUUUUGACAGUAAUAAGCGCCGGCAUACUUCAUUUGCUGCUGUAGCAGUGAUUCCAAUACUUGGUGAUGUAUCUGCUCGUGUACAAAUUAAUGAAUCUGAUCUUCGAAUUGAACGAUUUCGUGCUGGUGGUGCUGGUGGCCAGCAUGUUAAUACAACUGAGAGUGCUGUUAGAAUAAUUCAUAUUCCUACGGGAGUUACUGCAACUUGUCAGAAUGAAAGAUCACAGCAUCAAAAUAAGGCUUCAGCAAUGUCUGUACUUCAAUCAAGAUUAGACCAACUGGAGAUGGCACGCCAGGCACACUUAAAUGCACAACAUACACAAUCUCUCACUGACAUAACUUGGGGCAGUCAGAUACGUAGUUAUGUGCUCCAUCCUUACCGUAUGGUGAAAGAUCUUAGAACUAACUAUGAGGUUUCAGACACUGACUCUGUCCUUGAGGGAGAUCUAGACGGUUUCAUCUUUAGCUAUUUAUCAGCUUCUUUGGAUAAAGAUGAAGAUAAUGCUUAAAUCAAUCAAAUUCCCUGACAAUGGUGGCACAUUGCAUAUUUAGUGCGGAAAUGGAUAUAUGCUCGGGCACAUUUUCAGCAUCUGAGAUGAAGUCAACUGUCCUUCAGGUGUUGUCAUUCCUCGUCAAGGUCUAUCAGAGUGCAAAGAAGCAUGCUAUUUUCACAGCCUAUAGGUAUUUUUGCGGUAAUAAAUAAAUGAAUGUGCACAAUUGAACAUGGAAGUAUGAAGCUCAAAGGCUUCAUUACAAGUGGCUUGCGCAGUGGGAAUAACUUCCCAAUGACCUGUGAUGCAGCCGACCAUGAUUCUUGUUCUUUAAAGUUCAUUUACUUACAUAUAUAACUCUAGUAGAAGUUACAUGAGAUUUGGAUCCUUUUUGUUCCUGAGAAAAAAAAGAUACAAACGAUCCUUGUAGAUGGCUUGCCAAUUGUGCUCAAGGAAUUAUGAGCGUGGAGAAAUUCUUGUAAUUUAUUUUGAAGAUCAUGACUCGACUCUCAUUCUUAGAGAAAAAAGAUGGCAUCUAAAUCCGAUUAAGCGCGGAUGAAUAUA